UCAGUGUGUCAUGUCGUCAGCGCGCGCGUCGAUCCCCAGAAAUAUGUCUCAACUAUAAACAACGGAAAUUAAUAGUUGAUAUAUAAAAUAUAACGAAAACACGAAACUAACCAGCAGUAAAAACAAUAGAACUACAAACAAAAACCAAAGUGAAUUGUGUGCUUAGAAGUUCUUUACUUCAAUAAGAGUAAAAUAUACAUAGUUUGUUAAUCCAAUUCCACAAUCGUUAUGAGUCUGCCGUCGGGUGUGGACAUGCAAAACCUGAUGUCCCAGCAUCCAGUGCUCGGAGCACUGCCACCUGCUUUUUUCCUGAGAGCCGCCUCGGAACGCUAUCAAAGGACUCCCAAAUGCGCCCGCUGCAGGAAUCAUGGCGUGGUCAGCGCCUUGAAAGGUCACAAACGGUAUUGCCGCUGGCGGGAUUGUGUCUGCGCCAAAUGCACGCUAAUUGCGGAACGCCAACGCGUCAUGGCUGCUCAGGUCGCCCUCCGUCGCCAGCAGGCGCAGGAGGAGAACGAGGCCCGCGAACUGGGUCUCCUUUACACCUCGGUUCCUGGCCAGCAGAAUGGCAGCGACAGUGCCACGCCCACGCCGCACAGUCCCAAUCACAGUGGCAGCGGCGGAUCGGCCAGUGGAGGAUCGGGCCAAAACGGCGUCUUUCACGGCGGCAUUCCCUCGCCACCGAGCGACGGCUUCGAGGCCAGCUCCACGCCCAAUCAUCACCAGCAAUCGCAGCAGCAACAGUCGCACCACCAGCAGCCACACAACCACAGCCACAGUCACAACCACCAGCAUCAGCAUCAGCCGUCCCAGCGGUUCAAUGGCAAUGAAUCCGACACGGAAGGACGCACCCGGUCCGAGCACCUCAGCGUGGGCUUCUCGCCCACGAGAACCGAGUUAGACGAGAGUCCCGUUUCCAAACGUGGCGUAGCCUUGUCGAACGAAACCGAUCAGGACACGGGCUCCGAGUCCGGAUCGCCGAGCAGUCCCCGUCCUAAGGUCGCAGGACUCUUCAAUCUGACCGCCAGCUUGUCGCCCGCCCGCACAGGACCGCCCAGCUCUCCGGAAUCCGAUUUGGAUGUGGAUUCGGCGCCGGACGAGGCUACGCCGGAGAAUUUGAGUCUCAAGAAGGAGGACAGUCAGUCGCCGCCAAAUACGCCCGCCGAGAAUCUGCACUUGCUGCGAUCCUUUAGCAGCAGUCAUGCCCAGGGCUUCCUGCCAUAUCAUCACACGCAGUUCCUGGCCGCCGCCGGUUUGCCUGCCCACCACCACCCACCGGCGCACUCGCCGCACCACCAGCAGCAGCAGCAGCAACAACAACAGCAACAGCAGCAACAGAAUCACAUCUCACAGCACCACCAACAACAACAGCAGCAGCAGCAACAACAACAGAGAUCUCCCAUUGAUGUCCUCAUGAGGGUAUUUCCCAAUCGCCGGCGCAGUGAUGUGGAGCAACUGAUGCAGAGAUUCCGCGGCGACGUCCUCCAGGCCAUGGAGUGCAUGUUGGCUGGCGAGGAUUUGGGUCAGACACCGCCACAGGUUCCGCCCUCACCGCCCUUUCCCAUGAAGUCCGCCUUUUCCCCCCUCGUACCGCCCUCCGUCUUCGGCUCCCCCACCCAUCGCUACCAUCCCUUUAUGCAGGCUCAUGCCAAGCGAUUCCUCACUGCUCCCUACGCCGGAACUGGUUAUUUGCCAGGAGUGCUCAGUGCGGCGGACAUCGAGCAGUCGGAGUCCAAUGGAGCAGGUGGCAUCGGACUGGAUCGCACCAGCAACGCCGGGGAUUCCCAGGAUUGAGGCAGCGAGGCUGAGGCCAACGGCACCGCCGUCUUCAGGCCUUUCGAGUAAGAUUUCCUGGUGUCCCAGCACUGGGGAAAACAAAUCACUUCUAAAGUCGAGAAUAAAAGUCUAGGAUCGCAGUGUUACAUUUCUUAUUUUGUUGCUUAAAUUCGAUUCGAUUCUAUAUAAUUUUUCCAAUAUUAAAUUUGUUUGA